GUGACUCCCCCCUCUCAGCACUACUGAGCUCUCUCAUCCCAUAACACUGCAAGCAGAGAGUGCACAUAUUGGAACUAAACUUUCUAUUUAACUUUUUCUUUACACUCAUUCUUAGUUUGAAUCAUGUUUUGGUCACUGCUGAUGUGCGUAAUCGUAGCGCUUGCGUCCGUGCCGGCAGAUGCGCAAAUCUCCAGCCGGUAUGUUAUCGGAUGUCCUGCUCGGUGUGACAAGUCGAUGUGUCCCCGGCUACCAGCGGACUGCCCGACGGGACAAACCCUCGACGCCUGCCACUGCUGCCCGGUGUGUGCGUCGGGCGAGGGCGAAGCCUGUGGCGGCAGCGGGAAGCUCGGGGACCCGAUGUGCGGAGAGGGGCUUGAGUGCUCGGUCGCGGGCGGGGUGGCAUACAGUGUCACGGUGAGGAGGAGAAGCAAGAGCGGGACUUGCGCGUGCAAAGCCACCGAGCCGGUUUGUGGAAGCGAUGGAGUGUCCUACCGGAAUAUCUGCGAGCUGAAGAGGGUCAGCCGCCGGGCGCAGAAGCUGCUGCAGCCACCUGUUCUUUUCAUUCAGCGGGGAGCCUGCGGGAAAGCUCAGGACAACCCAGACAGCCCAAGACACAAAUACAACUUCAUUGCCGACGUGGUGGAGAGAAUUGCUCCGUCUGUGGUUCACAUUGAACUUUACCGCAAGAUGACCUAUUCAAAGCGGGAGGUGGCAGUGGCCAGUGGUUCUGGCUUCGUUGUGUCAGAAGAUGGCCAAAUUGUGACCAAUGCCCAUGUUGUGGCCAACAAGCACCGGGUGAAAGUGGAGCUAAAGAGUGGCGGCACCUAUGAUGCCAAAAUCAAAGACGUGGACGAGAAAUCGGACAUCGCUCUCAUCAAGAUCGAGGCACCGACACAGCUCCCUGUGCUGUUACUGGGCCGUUCAUCAGACCUGAGACCAGGGGAGUUUGUGGUUGCUAUCGGCAGCCCGUUUUCUCUCCAGAACACAGUCACCACAGGGAUCGUCAGCACCACUCAGCGAGGGGGCAGAGAGCUGGGCCUUCGCAACUCUGACAUGGACUACAUUCAGACUGAUGCCAUCAUCAAUGUAAGUCAACCAAGAAGCAUUAGCAUUACACACAUACUUCUAUUUCCACAAAUAAUAGUGAUGUAUCUUUUUGGUUCACAGUACGGCAACUCAGGAGGGCCUCUAGUAAAUUUGGAUGGCGAGGUGAUUGGGAUCAACACAUUGAAAGUGACGGCUGGCAUCUCCUUUGCCAUACCCUCAGACAAAAUUCGACAGUUCCUGGCAGAGUCCUACGAUAGGCAGUCCAGAGGGAGAGCAGCUGCUAAGAAGAAGUAUAUUGGUGUGAGAAUGAUGACUCUCACUCCAGCGCUGGCCAAAGAGCUGAAGACUCGACACCAUGACUUCCCUGACAUUACCUCUGGAGCUUACGUUAUGGAGGUUAUCGCAAAGACGCCAGCUGCAACUGGUGGACUCAAAGAGCACGACGUCAUCAUCUCGAUCAACGGCCAGAGGAUCGCAUCAGCGACUGACGUCAGUGCCGCCAUCAAGAGUGAUGACACCUUGAGAGUAGUUGUGCGCCGUGGAAAUGAGGACGCUAUCCUCACGGUUGUUCCCAUGGAGAUCGACCCUUGACCCUCCACAAAUCACACCACAGGAGCUGAAGCUAGGCUUUACUUAUCACCAGUGGACCUUAUAUUGAAGGGGGGGGCUUCUACUGACACACCCCUCUCCCUGUGGCCAAAGGCCAGUGGUGCCACACAUCCAGGGAAAAUUCUGGCUUUGCCUCAAAAGGAACGACUGUGCAGAUGCUCUAAAAGCAGUGCCGUACUUUGUUUUCAAUGUGUGUUUUCACUUUUAGUCUUUAAUGCUUUGAUCAAUGCAACUACUGUUUGGUCACAAACAUAAAAAGUUGGUUGCUGCCUUAUUGUUUUUAUCUGCUUUCUCUUGUGUGUCUUUUUUAAUAUGGACUUUUGCUCAGUCAUGCCUUCCACUGCAAUUUUAAACAAUUUAGAGACUCGCUGGGCAAAUCUGAUUUGUAUAAUUGUUGUUUUCUAAACUCUUUUUUUAAAGUACUGUAGAAUGUUUUUGUUGAUUAUGUGAUGUAUACUGAGAUAAUAAAGGGUUUGCCUUCA